UUUGAACACGUGGCUCAUUCAAAAAGCCGGACACUCGGAGCGGAUUUUUUCCGCCUCCUGCGCCUUCCUCCCUCCACCCCUUCCCCCCUCCCUCCUGCCAGUCACCCUUCUGGGUUUUUUUAUGGGGAGGCGGCGCCUGUCUUCACGUAGUGUGAUAUUUUCACAGUCCGCUGGCCGAUGCCAAAGGGGUUGGGGAGGAAGAGACAAAAAGUAGUUCUUCCCCCCUCCUCCUCCUCUCCUUUUUCUCGCUAAUCCCGCCUCCUCCUCAGAGUUAGGAAGACUCGUUGAUACGUUUGGGUUGCUGCAAGGCUUUUUCUUUUCUUUCUUUCUUUUUUUUAAUACCCAGAAAAGGAAAAACAAGAACCUUCGGAUUUGAUUUUUCGCUCCUCGUUCUUGUCCUUGGUUCUGACUGUGUUUGUGUGUUUUAACGGCGAGAAGACGAGGGGAACAAAACCCGCCGAAGCCCUCCAUCACUGUGGGUGGUUUUAAUUUUUCGUUUUUCUCCGAAUUUUUUAAAAAACAACCACUCUUCACAAUGAACAAACUGUAUAUCGGAAACCUAAGCGAGAAUGCCGUCCCUACGGACCUGGAAAGUAUCUUCAAGGACGCCAAGAUCCCAGUGUCGGGACCCUUCCUAGUGAAGACGGGCUACGCGUUCGUGGACUGUCCGGACGAGAGCUGGGCCCUCAAGGCCAUCGAGGCGCUUUCAGGUAAAGUGGAACUGCACGGGAAAUUAAUGGAAGUUGAGCACUCUGUCCCAAAAAGACAAAGGAUCCGGAAACUUCAGAUACGGAAUAUCCCACCUCACUUACAGUGGGAGGUGUUGGAUAGUUUACUAGUCCAGUAUGGAGUGGUGGAAAGCUGUGAGCAAGUGAACACUGACUCGGAAACUGCAGUCGUAAAUGUAACCUAUUCCAGUAAGGACCAAGCUAGACAAGCAUUAGACAAGCUAAAUGGAUUCCAGUUGGAGAGCUUCACAUUGAAAGUGGCCUACAUCCCUGAUGAAAUUGCCUCCCAGCAGAACCCCUCGCAGCAGCCCCGAGGUCGCCGUGGGUUUGGGCAGAGGGGCUCAUCGAGACAGGGGUCUCCAGGAUCAGUCUCCAAGCAGAAACCAUGUGACUUGCCACUACGCCUGCUCGUCCCCACCCAGUUUGUCGGAGCCAUAAUAGGAAAAGAAGGCGCCACCAUUCGGAACAUUACCAAACAGACUCAGUCUAAAAUUGAUGUCCAUCGUAAAGAGAAUGCAGGCGCUGCUGAGAAGUCCAUUACUAUCCUCUCUACCCCUGAAGGUACCUCUGCGGCUUGUAAGUCUAUUCUGGAGAUUAUGCAUAAGGAAGCUCAAGAUAUAAAAUUCACAGAAGAGAUUCCCUUGAAGAUAUUAGCCCAUAAUAACUUUGUAGGCCGUCUUAUUGGUAAGGAGGGAAGAAACCUUAAAAAAAUUGAGCAAGACACUGACACUAAAAUCACAAUAUCUCCAUUGCAGGAAUUGACGCUGUAUAAUCCAGAGCGCACCAUUACAGUUAAAGGCAACGUUGAAACAUGUGCCAAAGCUGAGGAAGAGAUAAUGAAGAAAAUCAGGGAGUCUUAUGAAAAUGAUAUUGCUUCUAUGAAUCUUCAAGCACAUUUAAUUCCUGGAUUAAAUCUGAAUGCCUUGGGUCUGUUCCCACCCACUUCAGGGAUGCCACCUCCCACCUCAGGGCCCCCUUCAACUAUGACUCCUCCUUACCCACAGUUUGAGCAAUCAGAAACGGAGACUGUCCAUCUGUUUAUCCCAGCCCUAUCUGUUGGCGCCAUUAUCGGCAAGCAGGGACAGCACAUCAAGCAGCUCUCUCGCUUUGCAGGAGCUUCUAUUAAGAUUGCUCCAGCUGAAGCCCCAGAUGCUAAAGUGAGGAUGGUGAUUAUCACUGGGCCACCAGAGGCUCAGUUCAAGGCUCAGGGAAGAAUUUAUGGAAAAAUUAAAGAAGAAAACUUUGUUAGUCCUAAAGAAGAGGUGAAACUUGAAGCUCAUAUCAGAGUGCCAUCCUUUGCUGCUGGCAGAGUUAUUGGAAAAGGAGGCAAAACGGUGAAUGAGCUCCAGAAUUUGUCAAGUGCAGAAGUAGUUGUCCCUCGUGAUCAGACACCUGAUGAGAAUGACCAAGUGGUUGUGAAAAUAACUGGUCACUUCUAUGCUUGCCAGGCAAGUGGGAUCUCUUGUCCUAAGCAAGCUCUUUUGCUUCUUUCCCAAACGGAAGCAAUUCUCCUAUGGGUGUGCUCCCACCCCACACAGAGAUUUAUUGUUGUUUGGUGCUUAACAGGAUAAAUCCCUUUUUAGCAGAUAAUUUCAGACUCUACUAGCAAACUUAAACUAGCAUGUAUCUUUAACCUUCAAAUCUGAAGUUGUAAAAAAUGGAAGGGUAAAAUAACUUUUAGUAACCUCUGAUUAGAUAGAAAUUUUAAAUCUCUGUCCUUUUGCAGGUUGCCCAGAGAAAAAUUCAGGAAAUUUUGACUCAGGUAAAACAGCACCAACAGCAGAAAGCUCUGCAAAGUGGACCACCUCAGUCAAGACGGAAGUAAAGGCUCAGGAAC